UGCUCUCGCAUCUCCAACCAUUGAUGACACUGGGGGAAUUGAGCCAGCAUCUUUUACUAUCUAAAAUUUCACAUGUGCGUGACUGUGGAGGAUCAUCGUCGGUAAAGUCCACAUAAUAUGGACGGUCCAGAUUCAUCAACUGAACAACAACGUCAACAAUUGAGCAGCAACGAACCAUGAUUGUUUUGUCUCGUGACCGGUCAAGUUGGCCUCUGUAAAUAAAGAGACAUGCCACUUGAACUGAAGAGAAACAAAGCUUUUAUCUGAAUUCGUUUCUUGUGAGAGAAAAAAGAGUGAGGAAAGAUGUCCAUUGUCGAGUCCAUUGUCAAGAUCCUUCUCCCAAAACUCGCUGACCCAAUCCUUCAAGAAGCCAUUUUCUUAUAUGGCGUUGGUGAUGAAGUCGAAUGGCUCGAGGCGGAAUUUAAGCGGAUGCUAUGCUUCUUGAUAGACGCAGACGCAAAACAAGGAGAUGAAAGAGUGAAGAACUGGGUGGGGGAUGUGAGAGAUGUUGCAUACGGUGCUGAGGACGUCAUCGACACCUUUCUCUUCAAGGUAGCACCGUUGAGGCGAACUGGAUUUGUUGGCUGCAUUAAAAGGUACGCUUUCAUCUUCAAUGAGUUGAUAGCUCGCCAUCAGGUGGGCUCAGAGAUCGAAUCGAUAAAGAAUAAAAUCCGUACCAUCUCCGAAAGUAGGUCGACUUACGGAAUUGAAAAUAUAGGCCAGGGAGCAGGGACGAACUCCGCCGGUCGAAGCCUCCAGGAAUGGAGGCUCACUUCUCCUCUUUCUCAAGAACCAGAUGUUGUUGGCUUUGAGAAAGAUAUGGAGAUAUUGGUGGCCCGAUUGAUGGAGGGGGAGUCACGGCGUUGUGUUGUUUCUGUAGUCGGAAUGGGUGGUCUCGGUAAGACCACUCUUACCAAGAAAGUUUAUAACAACACCCGUGUUAAGUCUCAUUUUGAGUCUUGUAAAUGGAUUUCUAUAUCACAAGAGUAUAGUGUGAGAAAUCUCCUGACCAAGAUCAUAAAUUGUUAUAUGACGCUCUCAGAAGAGGAGCUCAAGAAAAUGAACGUCUUUCAGCUGAGGCAUAAAAUUUCUUUGUAUCUGCAAGAGAAGAGAUACCUGAUGGUAUUAGAUGAUAUAUGGACAGUGGAAGCAUGGGAUGAUCUCAAGGAUGCUUUCCCUGAUAUGAAUAAUGGAAGCAGGGUCAUGCUCACCACGCGCAACAAAGACGUAGCUUUACAUGCAGAUGCACAAAUCCAGCCCCAUGAAUUGCGAUUUCUAAACAAGGAAGAGAGUCGGGUAUUAUUUUGUAAGAAAACAUUCACAGGACGAGAUGGCGGUUGCCCUCAGGAUUUGGAGCAGUUGGCGAAAAUGAUUAUAGAAGAAUGCCAUGGUUUACCUCUUGCGAUCGUAGUCAUCGGUGGACUCUUGUCAAGGAAAGAAGCAUGGGAGUGGGAUAAAGUAUACAAAAGCAUCAGCUGGCAGUUUGUCCAAGGACAAUCUCAAAUCUUUAGAAUACUAUCUUUGAGCUAUAAAGAUCUGCCCUAUUACUUGAAACCAUGUUUUCUCUAUCUGGGGAAUUUUCCAGAGGACUACGAAUUCCAUGCCAAGAAAUUGAUUCAAAUGUGGGCUGCAGAAGGUUUUCUUGAAGAGAGAGGGGAAGAAACAUUGGAGGAGGUUGGAGAAGAUUAUCUGAAUGAAUUGAUUCAAAGAAGCAUGGUUCAAGUCACAGAAAGAAGUUCAAGCCGAGGUAUUAAAAAGUGUCGCAUCCAUGAUCUUUUGCGGGAUCUCUCCAUAUCAGAAUCUAACGAAGGUAUGUUUCUUCAAGUUCAGAGUGGAAUCAAUGGAAAUGCUCCUCCUGCAUCGAGAGCCCGUCGACUUGCAAUUCACCAUAACAACUCAAGUAAGUACAUUUCCUUGAGCUGUUCCACUCGACACCUAAUUCGUUCUGUGUUAAUGUAUACCCAAGGCUAUAUGCGGCUUCCAAGAGAAGAAGAAAAGAUUCUCUACAGAGGCUUUAAGUUGCUUAGGGUGUUGUAUAUAGACGGUGUAAUAAUAAUAAAAAAGCUACCAAGGGAAAUAGGUGAACUAAUCCACUUGAGAUACCUCGGCUGUACCAGCAAUGAGUUAAAAAGUCUCCCAUCGUCCAUAUUCAAUCUUCCCAAUUUACAAACUCUAUUUGUACCAUUCGGUUAUAAAAUAAAAGUACCAAGCACAAUCUGGAAGAUGCAACAGUUAAGACAUCUUCAACUAGUAAUGGCUGGCAAAUGGAUGGAGGGCUGCUUGGGAAACCUCACCAAUCUUAGAAAAUUAGGAAUAGUUUUAGUAACAACAGCUGAUGCUGAGGUAUUCAAAGAUUCUAUUGUCAAAUUGGGCUGCCUCCACUCUCUGUCGGUUUCAGUAAGAUAUCAAAGGUUAUUGGUACCUCGUAAUUCACAUCUUGUCAAGUUAAGAAGAAGCCAGCAAUUCGAAACCCAAGAGUGGUCGCUACCUCCUUUUUCAAAUCUUCUCAAAUUAAGUAAGUUGUAUUUGGAAGCAAACUUAGAGAAGUUACCCGAGUCUGCUCAAUUCCCAGUAAACCUCACCAAGCUUACCUUGCAAUACUCCCGUUUAAAGCAAGACCCAUUGGCGACUUUAGAGAAGCUGCAAAAACUCCGCAUUCUCAAAUUGAUGUAUGGUUCGUACGAGGGAAAGGAAAUGGCUUGCUCUUCACAAGGGUUUCCUCAGCUUGAAUCCUUACAUCUUAAAGGCUUACAUGGAUUAGAGGAGUGGAGAGUGGAGGAAGGAGCUAUGCCAAGUCUUUUACAUUUACGGAUCUAUUAUUGCAAUAAAUUGAAGGAGCUUCCGGAAGGACUGCAACACGUGACUACCCUCAAGAAAUUGGAGUCGCAGUGUAUGCCCUCUGAAUUCAAGAAAAGGCUUAAAGAAGACAGGGGAGAUGGAGAGGGAGAGGGAGAGGAUUGGCAUAAGAUUCGGCACAUACCCUCCAUCGACAUAUGAGAAACCCUUGGUGAGACUUAAUUUCCCCUCUUCAUUUUUAUUUACCUCUUAAUUAUACCAUUUAUUUUUUGGAAAUUUAUAAAGAAUUUAGAUUCGGGUGCCUUUUUCCAAAACGUUUUCAAAUACCUUAAUUACCAUCCUGUAACUUUCCAAUACAUUUCCGUUAGAUUUUUAGUUUAUUUUUAACGGCUUCCUUGGUAGCAAAUGCGUGGCUGUCUCGAG